AUGUACUUAGAUAAGAAUGAUAUCUAUAUUCAGUUAUCUUUAGUAUCUUCAGUAUCGCUUACCUUAAUCCAAGUCCUAUUGCAAAAUGAUCUAGAAAAUUCAAGUGCAUCAUACAUAGAAUGGCUUCAAAGAGGCCGAUCUCUCGAAAUGGAUCUUACAUUCCAAAUUCUGGGGAUAGCUACUGAGAUUAUCUUUGUCAUGGGGAGCAUCAUUAUUUACCUCUCAUAUGAUCGGAAAAUUGGUGCCGUCUCUACCUGUGCUGGCAUAUUUGGAGGAGCAUUUUCUGCCUUAUUAAAGCUGAUUUUUACCCAGCCUCGACCAUACUGAAAAUAUUCUGAAAUUCAUGCAUUAGACUGCACCAAAGAUUGAGGAACUCCAUCAGGACACUCCUUAUCAGCUGGAUGUGUAAUUUUAUAUAUUGGAAUGCUAUGAUUGCAGUCUAAGAGACACACAUCUAUAUUAAAAUGGCUUUCUAUCAUUUUAGCUUCUUUUAUCACAGGACUAAACAGAAAUUUUAUGGGCGCUCAUUUUUAUUUUCAAGUAGUUUUAGGAUUUUCUUAUGCCAUGCUCAUAGUAUCGAUUUUGAUCCACCCUAAAAUUGAGAAAAUUCUUUUCAAGCUUAACAAUAGAAGAAUAAUAAUUAUUAAUGCGACUGCAAUAUUCCUGGUAUUUGGAGCAUUAAUGCUUUAUUUAUUCAGAAAUCCAUAUUGGGAUGAUGAAUGGAAAAAAAAUUAUGAAAAUAAAUGCGAUGGAAAUUUAGAUUCAAAAAUUGCAUCACAGAUAGAUUUAGAAACUGCAAGCUUAUUCAAUGCAAUUCCUGGAUUUGUGUGAGGAUUUUAUAAGAGCAAGGACUUAACAGUGCCAAAACUGACAUGAAAAAAUAUAGGAACUGUUGUUGGGAUGGUAGCUAUUUUGAGCGGAAUUUUGUAUGGGAUAGAGUCUUUAUUAGUAUACUUGAUAACUGGCCCUGAAAUUGUGGCUCCUUUAUCUUUCUUGAUGUAUGGAUCAGGAGUUUGUGUAGGCUAUUUGAUGCCGAAGAUAAUCUCUAAAAUAAUCAAAGCAGACAACCCAAGUAUGGAAAAACUUACAGAAAGUGAUGAUUUAAUUGAAGAUAUUAGUAUAUAA